AUGCCUCUCAAUUAUUCAAAGUGGGAUGCUCUUGAGCUCUCGGAUGAUUCCGACGUUGAAGUUCAUCCAAAUGUUGAUAAACGUAGUUUUAUUCGAAUGAAACAAAGAAAGAUUCAUCAAGAAAGAGAAGAACGUAAGAUGAAGAUCGAAUCAUUAAAACAUGAAGAAGAACUCAAUCAGAAAUUAUUAAAAGAAAUGAAAGAUUCAAUUAAAGAAGUUGAAUCAGAUGGAAUCCAAUCGAUGAGAAAAACAGCUAUGUAG